AUGGCCACCGUCUUUAUAGAAGACAUUUGUCCCAAGAAAAAAGAAAAAAAGAAGAAAAAAAGAAAAGUGAAGGGUUUGAAGAUGGAAGAUGGGUUAACAGAGAUAUCGGGCUUGGUCUCCUAUGGCGGGAGCAAAGAAGAAGGAACUCAUGUAGGGGAGGAGGAAGAGGAGGGAGAUGUUGGUAGAGAAAGUGAAGAAAAAGAGGAGCAGGACAAUUCAGGUGGAGGAGGGGUAAUUAGUAAUUUCAUAUCUGCCUUGGUUACGAAAGUCGACGGUGAAGAUGAAGGAGAAGAGAAAGAUGGUGGCCUGAUAAACCAGUUGCUGUCUAACUUAGUUUCGCCUUCGAGUCCCAAGGUUGCAAAGGACAAUGAUGUCUGCAAUGGAGCGGAAGAAAAGGGCAGUGGGGUUUUUAGUAAUUUGAAAAGUGAAGGUGGAGAAGGUGGUGGAGAUGGGCGAGUGGCGGCGGAGGGUGGCGGCGGUGGAGGAGGAGGUUUGAUUGAUAAUAUUGUUUCUCACCUGCCUGCACCUCUAGCUGAUGCCGCAGCACCGGCCACCGAUGAGGCUUCUAUUUUGAUUCACUCUAUUGUUCACGACUAG